GUCAAGAAGAGGUAGAAGGAAAGGGUUUUGUUCAUUUGUGAAAACAAUAUUCUUUGGUCUAAGUAGUUGAAACAAAUUGUAUGUGCUGCAAGUGUUUCAAGACGACUUUUAGUCUAUUUCUAGUAAAUAUUUUAAACAUUGAAACAGAAAUAGUCUUUUGGGAUAACUGAGCCUCUUAAAGACAAUCUUACUGGAUCAUGGGAUGUUCUUUACAGGAUAUUGUUUCUUGGUAUCAAAAGAAGAUUGGCACUUAUGACAAACAACCUUGGGAGAAAACGGUAGAACAGCAUAUCUUGAGUGGGUUCACACCAAUACCCAAGAAAACUGCUAAGCUCAAAACUGAAUUGAUUGACAUUGAUUUAAUUAGAGGAUCCUCUUUUACCAAAGCCAAGCCAAAGCAUGGGCUGAUGACAGUUACGAGGCUGGCUGUGAUGCGGUUGGUGUUUCUACCCUUCCACUCGCAAUGGUGGGCGCAGCAGACGUCGUACUUUGUGUUCUCCGGGCUGUUGCUCCUCUACACUCUACAGAUCAUCAAUAUGGUUCUGUACUUCUACGUUUGUCCACCUCACUCGGAAAACGAUGAAAUUGAACGGGUGAACUUGAGCGAAGUGUUAGUGCCGCUCGCCAUGAUGUUUGGCUUGAGUAUCAUCCACUCGCAGAUAGUGUCGCCCCACUCCUGUGUUAGCCAGUGUACUACGGGGCGGAGGGCGAGGCGAGCCAAGCGGAGCAAGCGUCGUCCCCCGCCACUACAGCGGUACCGUUCCAACAUAGGUUCGGAUUCAAAAUCGUCCCCUGAUACGGGCCCUGAACUGACAACAAACCAAAGCAACAAGUACAGAAAGCGUGUCCGUCUACGAAAUGUGUCACCGGAAGAUGCGUUUAACCGCAAUAAAAAGCCACAACCCCCCUUAGCGGAGGGGAAGGAGCCCCCGCUGUGUGAGGAACUACGGAGCUCCGCCAGUGAGAAAGAGGUGAGGAUAAUAGAGCCUUUGUGCGGCCGGCCGUCGCAGGAGGAUGAUGGUUUCGAGAGUCUCAACGGCAACGGGUCAAGUGACAACAAUGAGGAGGACAAGUCGGGUGAGGGGGAGACACCCGCACCCGAGACACCCGAGUCACCCGAGGCACCCGUAAUGGAAGGGGAAGGUGUGUUGAACAGUAGCCUCUCCCACAAUAGCUCAUUUACCUGCACCAGUAGUGACCACCCAUCAGGCUGCACAGGGGAAGUGGAUGAAACCGACCACAAAGACACGGAUUCUGAACCUUCCCGGCCUCGUUCUGCGAUUUCCUCUCAGAAGCUGCUGAGCAGACGACGAGGAUCGCUACAGACUCUGAGUGUUAAGCUUGCGGAGAGUUCGUACAACUCAAGCGGCGAGAGUGACGGAGAGACAGUGCCCGAUACAGCGACCAGCGCGGCCGAAUGGAUCGGAGUUACAACUAACAGCGAGGAGUGCAGCUACAGCAGUGAACUGGACGAACGAGAGACAACCUCGCUCCACGACGUCAACGACCACCCCUUCGCAUGGGAGUUCCAGAUUUCACCAGCUGCAAUUCUUAGCCCCAGCUGUGCUUCAUCUGAUAAAGUGAGCUGCACUAUGUGGGACAAGAGGGAUGUUAAGAAGGCAGAACUGUCUGUGCUGGAUAUCAGCUCGGCCAUCAUUGCUCGGGUGGAGAGCAUGCCGGAGAACCUCGACUACUUCUACGGAGGACUGAUUGCCUCUCUGUUGCUGGCUGCCAUCCCCAGUCUGUGGAGACUCAGCGCUGGAGUCAGUGAUGGUUCCACAGGAGUUACUCUCAACAUGACCUCACUACUGUCCAGCUUCACACUGUCAGACUCCCUGGACCUCGCCAUGCAUUCUGCAUUCGGAUCUAGUCACAGCGAAAGAAUCAUAACUUCAAUAGCCAUGAUGGAGAAAUUUGCACUCGGAGCAAUUUUCUUCUUCCUCCUCGCCGUUGCGGAGAGGACGUUCAAACAGAGGUUCCUGUAUGCAAAAUUCUUUUCACACCUGACAUCGUUCCGAAGGGCUCGAAAAUCUGAGUUACCUCACUUCAGGCUGAACAAAGUCAGAAACAUAAAAACCUGGCUCUCAGUGAGGUCUUACCUUAAGAAGCGAGGUCCGCAGCGAUCAGUGGACGUGGUCGUCUCAGCAGCUUUCAUCAUCACCCUACUGCUGCUCUCCUUCCUUAGUGUGGAGCUACUCAAGUUUGAGUGUAUGCAGGACUCGGAGCAGCUGAGGUCAGUGUACAACGUGGAGGCGCUUGGCUGGUGUCUGGUGAUGGGCGUGUUCCUACUCAGGUUCAUGACCCUGGGGACCAAGAUCAACCGGAAGUAUCGCAACCUGUCUGUCCUCAUCACGGAACAGAUAAAUUUGUAUCUGCAGAUUGAACAAAAACCAAACAAGAAGGAGGAACUGAUGGUGGCCAACAGUGUUUUAAAGCUGGCUGCUGAUUUGUUGAAGGAACUGGAAAGUCCUUUUAAAAUAUCUGGUUUGUCGGCCAACCCGUACCUCUACACCAUCACCAAAGUAGUCAUUCUCUCCGCUCUAUCAGGAGUGCUCUCAGAAAUGCUCGGCUUCAAACUGAAACUACACAAAAUCAAAAUAAAGUAAAUCACCAUAUGUUUGCAGUCAUUAUAGCUGUUAGCUCGGUCUUUCUUAGUUGUAGUUGAAUCAUUGUGAUCAAUGCUGACUAUGUAUAAUUUAAGUAAUUAAUUAUUUUGUGGUAUCUCCUUUGACUAAGGAUAGAACUGGACAUACCGUUCCCAUCUGAAGUUGUAGCCAGUUUUAUAAUUAAUAUGAACAAAGUUGAAAGAAGCCAUUAGAAGUGUGAGCUGAUGGAACAAACACUUUUGGAGGGAAAAUAAUUAUAGACUCUACACUCUGCGAGUGGUUUAUUCAACUAUGUUCCUUUUAAAUAAAAAUAGCUACAGUUGGUCCAAAUAGAUGGGAUGUCCACUUCAGAAUCCAAAGUCAAUAGUAACACAAUAUAUGGAUUCUACAAAUAUCUGUAGGUUAUGAGCGUUGAUUACAUGAUAUUUUAUACAAUAUGUUGAUGUUUUAUUUUGUGAUCUUUUUAUUAUAGAUACUUAAUUUUAAUUUAUUUCUGUAGUUUUAAGAGAGGUAAUUAUAGAAGGUUUAGAAAGAGUUACUGGUGCUCAUGAGUUGGUUUCAUCAUGUUUCUUUAUUUUAAGUUAUAUUUUUACCACACACAAGACUAAAACUUUUUUAUAAUUUUGAAAACUUAUUUACUAUUUAUAAGCCUCUAUCCUCUUUAAGGGUGUUUUAUUAUUUAACCAAACAUAUUUUUUAAUGUUUAAACUUUCAAUUUGAGCAUUAAUAUUUUUAUUUCCCAAUAAUAAACAAUAUUUAAAUUACUGGUAUGAUGUUGAAGAUUAAAUCAUUUUAGCAACAUUAAAAAAAAUAUUUUACAUUAAUAGUCUGGGUAUAGAGACUGAUAGAUGGGUGCUGGACGAGUAUUCGAAUAAAAAAAUGUAUUUUUUACAUGAUUAAUCUCAUAAAACUAUGCCUUGUAAUAAAUCUUUCUAAUUUAUGUGUAAAUAAUUUUUAAAUAAUAAAUGUUUUAGUUAAAAAGAUGUUUAUUAAUUCAGUACUGUUUUUUGACAUUUAGUAAGCAUGCGUUUAAACUGUUUAAAGUUGAUUGAUUUAAGGUUAUAUAAGAAUACUGCCUUUAUGAUAAACUUGUUGGUUGCUAGGCAUUAUGUUUUCUGUAUGUGUGCUUUAUACAAACUAAUGAGACAGUAAUUAAGUGGUGCAAUCUUCAUAGUUCACUCAUUCAAGUCAAGCUAAGUUAGUAAACAACGUAAAGUUAAUGUACGUAAUAAUGUUUAGUUUUAGGUAGGUUUAAUUGAUAUUGAAAGCUUUUACCUGUCAGUUAACACUAAGUUUUUUAUACAGGGUUUCUUUCCACAUUUUGUUUGUCAUAACUUGUGCCAUUGAUUCAGGAACAUUUUUGAAUUAAGAUGUGAAAUUAUUUAAUCGUCUCAGAUGAGUUAAGAAUACUAAAGGCUAAUGAAGUUUAGGCUUUAAAGCUACACUACAUUGGAUUGGAAGCAUUGGAUUGUGUAUACAGGGUGUCCCGUAAGUAAACAGCCAAACUCCGGGAAAUGGUUCUAUGGGUCAAAAUAAAAAGGAAAUCAAGAAACACAUUUUUUCCAAAAUCGCUUUAUUAACCAGAUAUCCGCCAUUUUGUAUUUUUUGCAUAAACAUAUUUAUUUUUGAGUUUUUUUCAACCAAUCUUUAUAAAACUUGGUAUGUAGGUUAAGGUAUAAAAGACCAAUUUUAGAAAAGAAAAUUCAUCUUAAUUCAACUUAAAAUUUCAAAAUGGCGACCAUUUUAAUUUUUUAAACUAAAAUUACUCAAAACGGCUAAUUUUAUGAAAAAAUGUGAAGUACAUUUUUAUUUAGCAUUUUUAAUUCCCUAUCAAACGAUACCAAGUCCAAAAAGAUUGAAUGAGAAAUACCUGAAAUAUUACCAUUUUUAGUUGUAAAAUGGGGUAGAAAGACAGAAGCUAGUCAGGUUGCCCCUUUUUACAACUAAAAAUCGUAAUAUUUCAGCUAAUUCUUAUUCAAUCUUGGUAUCGUUUGAUUAAUUAAAUUAGCUAAAUAUAAGUGCU